AUGGUGGGAUCUAUGACUUAUCGUCUUCAGAAGUACGAUUCAAAUAAUUGGGUUAAUGGCACUACUAUAUUUGGAGAAAGUGUAUGUGGUUCCAGUGUCAAUCAAUUUUGCGGAUGUAUAGACAUAUUUGUUGAUCGACAAGGUGCAAUUUAUUGUUCUGAUAAUGCUAUGCACCGUGUAAUCAAAAUUACACCAAAUAAUCAAUAUGCUACUGUUGCUGCAGGUGUCACAAAUACAUCAGGAUCACAAUUGAAUCAAUUAAAUAAUCCUCAAGGAAUAUUCGUUGAUGCAAACUAUACUUUAUAUGUCAUAGAUGCAGGUAAUAGUCGAAUUUUGGCCUUUUCACAAGGGAAUCCAUAUGGUAGAUAUUUAUUCUAUUAUUCAUCUGGUAUAUAUAUGGGUUAUGCUUUCUUGACUCUUGACAAUUCAGGAAGUGUAUACACAUUUGGCAACGGUACUGUUAAUCGAUGGACACCUAGUACAUCCAUUUCUACAUCAAUCGUACCAGGAACUUAUUUCUCGUAUUAUGGAGUGCGAAUACGACUCGACAGCAAAGGAAAUAUCUAUACAAAACCAGCAACAUAUGAUGGUAUUAAUAAAUAUAAUAUUGUCUCCAAUACGUGCUAA